AUGACCCACGUGACAGCAGAUGGUACUACUACACGUUUUCUAGAGCACCCUGACCAGCCUCAGUCCCACAUGAAUACCUCAUUUGGAAACGAUGCCUCUCAGAAACAGAUGACCCACGUGACAGCAGAUGGUACUACUACAGGUUUUCUAGAGCAGUCUGACAAGCCUCAGUCCCACAUGAAUACCUCAUUUGGAAACGAUUCCUCUCAGAAACAGAUGACCCACGUGACAGCAGAUGGUACUACUACAGGUUUUCUAGAGCAGUGUGACAAGCCCCAGUCCCACAUGAAUACCUCAUUUGGAAACGAUUCCUCUCAGAAACAGAUGACCCACGUGACAGCAGAUGGUACUACUACAGGUUUUCUAGAGCAGUCUGACAAGCCUCAGUCCCACAUGAAUACCUCAUUUGGAAACGAUUCCUCUCAGAAACAGAUGAAAGACACAAAUCAUUUCGACUCUGAUGAGUUAUAUGAUUCUACAACAGACAGUUCAGACAACUAUGUCCCAGAUACCACAUCUGAAAACAUUGACUCUGAGCAAGAAGAUGGGGAUAAAGAUGGACGUCGUUUUCCGGCUAUUGAUGAACCAGCUGGAAUGGUUGCACUUGCUUCUGCCGGACACACUCCACCACCACCUAAGAAACGAAAACCGUCAGAAAAGAUGUCUUCAGUUGGCAGUACUUUGUCUUCUGGCAAAGGCAAAAACCAGAAGAAAUGUCCUUGGCAGCCAACUGAGGAUUUAGCAAAUAUCACCUUCACUGCUGUCCCUGUGAGUCCACGGUCGGGCUUUGAUCCCUGCACCCCUCUGCCCUGA